GUGGCAAACUGGGAUUGGAGACUCUGCAUAAUAGAAAAUACAAAAUGGCGGGCACACGUGCAUGUCACUAUUAGAGUGAAACGAGCAAACGUUACUACAGCCUAUUAUGCCAAUUCAACCGCGACCUUUAGACCUGUUAUACAACUGUUACAUGAUGUUGAACUUAACCCUGGACCAGCAAACAGCUCUAUUAGAAACAAGUCUGAAAAGUCAAAUGGCAAUGUGAAGAUUGCACAUCUUAACGUUCGCUCGCUUAAAUGCCGUGAGCAUUUCGUUCUUGUAAAGGAAACGGUACUGGAAAAUAAGUUUGACAUAUUUACCGUAUCCGAAACAUGGCUCAACAGUUCAGUUACGGAUUUGGAAAUAGAAAUUCCUGGCUAUGUUAUCUACCGUAUCGACCGACAAGCGAAGAUUGGCGGUGGAGUAUGUGCUUAUGUCUCACGAAAUUACAGGACGGAGUACUUGAGCGAUAUAUCUCUUAUCACGGCCUCUGGCUUUCACCAACUGUGGCUAAAAAUUCACGUCAGGAACAUGAAGUCUUUCAUUGUCUGUACAACCUAUAGACCACCGGACGCAUCGUUAUCUUGUUUCGAUUCAGAUCUCACAGAGAACUUUA